UAGAGCAAGACGCUCGGAUCAGCAGAGUCAGACAGAAGAAGCCUGGCGGAGGUUAAACUGACCCGUUAACGUGCAGCAGAGAGGACAACAUGUGAUGUGGAUCCUCUCAGAUGGACGCUCCGCCGUGACGUUUACAACUCAAACUGAGAAGAGGAAUAAGUUUGGACUUCUUGUCCUGCAGAGACACAAAAACACUCCGACUCGGACUGACUCGGUCUGCAAACUCUUCGAGGAGCGUGAGGACAACUUUUAGAACUUUUUUUUUUCUGGGACUAAUCGUGUCGGAAGUUUGAGAGAUGUCCGAGCCAGACAAGAGCGAGGACAUUCCUGAUGAGUCUGCAGGAAAAGGAAUCCCAAACGGAGGAAAUGCUGCGAAAAGCAAAGAGGAUUUUGACCUGGCUGCCAUCUAUGUAUCAGACGCUCAGUACAACAGGAACAUCUACUUUGACACGUCGCCUCAGGCUGUGAGACUGUAUCUGCGCUACAAUCACUGGAUCCCUAAGGUGCUCCUCUUCUUCUUUAUCGUGGUGGAUCUGUCUCUGGCCAUCUUCGAGGAGCCGGCCGUCUUCCAUGUGCCUUCAUUGUACACCAUGCUGGUGGAGCUGCUCUGUCUGCUCGUCUUCACCCUCCGACUCGUUCACUACGCCAAAGUGAUUCCUCGAGACAAGUUCUGGAAAGAUCCCAAAAACAUCUGCAUCAUCGUCGUCCUUGUGCUCACUCUGGUCGAUAUGAUCAUCUACGAAGCGCUGAUAGCUACAGACUGUUACGCUGUCCGCUGGUCCAGAGUCCUGCGCCCGCUGCUAUUGGUCAACGUCACAGAGGGACGGCAGCUCCGCAGAGCGUUCAGAAGCAUCCGGAACGCUCUGCCUCAGAUCUUCUACGUCUUCCUGCUCUUCAUGUUUAGCCUCCUGAUCUUCUCCCUCAUGGCGCUCAAACUGCUGGGCAAACGAGGUCUGAAGACUAUCGAUGGCGCUCCGUACUUCACCAACUACCUGGAGAUCGUCUUCGAUCUGUACGUCCUCGUCACCACGGCCAACAGCCCCGACGUCAUGAUGCCGGCGUACAACGCCAGCUUCUACUUCGCCAUCUUCUUCAUCUUGUACAUUCUCAUCAACACCUACAUCUUCAUGUCCGUCUUCUUGGCCGUCGUCUACAACAACUACAAGAAAUACCUGAAGGAGGAGGUACGGCAGCUGGUGAGGGCCAAAAGGCACAAGAUGGUGCGAGCAUUUGCCGUGCUGCAGGAGCAGAGGGCGGAGGGCGGGGAGCCGGUGGUGAAACAGGCUAACUGGAACCAAAUUGUCAAACUUGUCCAGCCCGACAUCAGCAACGCCCACAGAGAGCUGCUGUGGAGCGUCUCCGACGACAACAACCAGGGGUUCAUUGGUAAGGUGGCGUUCGUCCAGCUGGCCGACCUCCUGAACAUCGAGGUGAUCACGCUCAAGUCAAGACCACACCCACUCCAGAGUGCAUGCCCCGCCCUCUACCUGUCGGCCCCCAGCCGCCUCCUCUGCCGAUUGAUCCAACACCGGGCCUUUGUGAUCGUGUACGACUUGAUUAUCCUGGUGAACGCUGUGUUCAUCGGUCUGGACGAGGCGAAUCCGUUGAUCGCUAACUCCGAGUGGGUUUUCUUGGCUCUCUACCUGCUGGAGAUCCUGCUGAAGCUCUACGUGUUCGAGCCCAGAGCGUUCUUCUCCAGGCACAGCUUCUGGAACUGCUUAUCUUCAUCCCAGAUUAUAAGUACAAGGUUCGACACCAUCAUCGUCAUCUCCGCUCUCAUCGCCACAAUCGUCAACUCCGCCGUGACAUCAUCGGGAAAUUACACCAGCCGACAGAUCCUGGACAUCGUCUUCAUCCUGCGAGUCCUCAGACUGAUCCGGGUGGUGGACAGCAUUAAAAGGUUUCGUGCAAUCAUCAACACCCUGAUCAGGAUCGGACCAGCGAUCCUCACAUUUGGACAGCUGAUCAUUGUGGUGUACUACAUCUUUGCCAUGGUAGGGAUGGAGCUGUUCAAGGGGAAGGUGAAGUUUUACGAGGAGGACUCCAGCGACCCGGCGAAGGCGUACUGUGGAAACCCACUGCUGAAAGGAACGGCCUACGCACAACUCAACUACUGCAAGAACAACUUCAACAACGUGGUGUCGUCCUACAUCCUGCUGUUGGAGCUCACCGUGGUCAACCAGUGGCAUGUGCUCAGCAGCGGCUUCGCCGCCGUCACCCACAUCUCAGCCAGGCUCUUCUUCAUCCUCUUCCACAUCAUGGUCGUCAUCGUCAUCAUCAAUAUCUUCGUGGCGUUCGUCCUCGAGGCGUUCUUCGUGGAGUAUUCGGUGGAUAAGAGCGACCUGCAGACGUCUCUGGAGAGGAAGAUUGAGGAGCUGGAGCUGGCUGUGGCACAGGAGAAGUUGGAGGAUAACUUGGUGAACGCCAUGGAAACCAUGGACAACGACCAGGGAACCGGCCAAUCGGCAAACAACAAACCCGGCCUGAUGUUUAAAAUCGCUUCAAAAAGAUAUCGGACGGUGGACGCUUUGCUGCAGCGGAUGUUCGAGGCCGACCUCGACCCCGAAGACUUCGCUGAGAACGACGAUGAGGCCAACGGGAACUUUGCAAACCCGGGGUUCAGCUCUGCGUAGACAUUAAUGUAUAAAUAUAUAUGAAGGGAACCAGGUUAUAUCAUGUAUUUACCGUUUUAUACUAAAUGUUAAAUCUGAUGUUUAUCCAUUGUUAUAUUUUUAUAUAUCUUUCCUGUAGCUCUGUGUAGAAACACACAGAGUAUUUAAACUGUUUGUUUUAUUUAUUUCUGACCUCUUUGUGGCAGAAACACAAAAAAAAAAACUAAACAAGUCUGUUUCACAGAUGCAGCAGAAAGUGAGAUAUCAGGAAAAAAUUUUGAAAUGAAUAAACUAAAGGUAAGAUUCUCACUUUAAAUGUUUCCUUUGUUAGUGAGGAGACUAAAGAGGGACAGUGGGAAUGUGUGUGAAUUUGAAAUGUCAUUAAUAUUUUACUAAUAAAAAGACAAUAUCUGCCAAAAAUUAAGGUUUAAUAUGACUUAUUAACUCUUCCUUCCAUUGAAAUUCAGUAAUGUUUCUAACACUUUAGGGUCAUGAUAUUUUAUUGUUAUAACAGUGGAAUCUGUAAAAAUCAAAUAAAAGCAUAAAG